UAAGGUGAAGACACCUAGGGGUUUUUUUCCGUUUGAUUUUUGGUUUCUUUUUUUUUCGUUUUGUGGGACUGGAAGCAGUUUGAGACCCAAACAGGAGGACAGUUCCGGGCUGCUCCGCCGAUUCCUGAACCUUUCAUUACCGUUGCUGGUGAUUCCAUUGGGCAUCAUUCCCUACAGAGGGAAUACUGAAGCGCUACCAUGGCUUUGGCGGGAUGCCCUGACUACUUCCUGCAUCACUCAAAUUACCAGGAAAGCAUGGAUCGCACUUCCCCGCGCCAGCCCGAGGAGCUGAUUGUUCCAGGUUUUCGAAGCUCAGCCAAUUCAAACCUGCCACAUCACCAUGAUGAUGACGUAGAUCUGGAGCAGCUGGUGAAUGAGAUGAACUCCUCCUUGGAGAAUGUGUACUCAGCAGCAGACACAGCAUUGCUUCUUGACAACGGCCACAUGCACGCUUCCCAUCACCAUGUGCACGCUGCUUAUCCAGGUCCUGGCCAGGCUCACAGGCGUCCGACCCCGCUCCUGACUGCAUCCUCGCCUUCCAGUGAGAGGUCCCAGUACUCUCAGCCCAUGCACAUUCAGGCCAUCAGGUGUCUGGAGGCAGAGCAUCAGCUGCGCCCAGCUUCCCUGCCGGCCAUUCCCAACCCGUUCCCGGAGCUCUGCAGCCCUGCAGGCUCUCCCGUCCUCAGCCCCAUCCACACCUCCGACAACCACAUAGUGAAGGUGUGGAGCGAGGAUGGGGCGGGUAAAGUGGUGGAGAUCCCAGCAGACAUGACCGCCAGAGAUGUCUGUCAGCUCCUGGUCUACAAGAGCCACUGUCUGGAUGAUAACUGCUGGACGCUGGUGGAGCAUCACCCCAUCCUCGGACUCGAGAGAUGUGUGGAGGACCACGAGCUGGUGAUUCAAGUUCAAGCCUCCAUGAGCAGUGACAGUAAAUUCCUCUUCAGGAAGAACUAUGCCAAAUAUGAAUUCUUCAGGAGCCCCCUGAACUUUUUUCCAGAGCAGAUGGUGGCUUGGUGUCAGGAGUCUGAUGGUUCAAUCCCUCAGUCCCAGCUUUUACAGAACUUUCUGAACUCCAGCAGCUGUCCAGAAAUCCAGGGCUAUCUGUACAUGAAGGAGCCUGGAAGAAAGUCCUGGAAGAAGCUCUACAUGUUCCUACGACGCUCUGGUCUCUACUACUCGACUAAAGGAACAUCCAAGGAACCUCGACAUCUGCAGCUGUUGUCUGAUCUGGAGGACAGUAACAUCUUCACCAUCAUCACCAGCAGAAAACUGCACAACGCCCCCACAGAAUACCAGUUCUGCAUCAAGCCGUCGAAGACGAGAAACGACUGUAAGGAGCUGAAGAUGCUGUGUGCUGAGGACGAACAGAGCCGGACCUGUUGGAUGACGGCAUUCAGACUCUUUAAAUACGGGAUAGUCCUGUACCAGAGCUACAACGUCCCCCAGCAGAGGAAGUCCAACAUGUCUCAUUUCUCAUCGCCUGUGCGGAGUGUGUCUGAGAACUCGCUGGUCGCCAUGGACUUCUCUGGAAGGACGGGCCGUGUCAUCGACAACCCCGUCGAGGCUCAGAGCGCUGCCCUGGAGGAGGGGCAGACCUGGAGGAAACGAAGCCAGCGUAUGAAUGUUCUGGGCAGUCAGAGUCCUCUGCACCCGUCCUCUCUGAGCUCAGUCAUCCACAGGACACAGGUGUGGUUUCAUGGGCGCAUCAUGAGAGAUGAAGCGCACAGAAUGAUCAUACAACAAGGCCAAGUAGACGGGUUAUUUCUUUUGCGGGACAGUCAGAGUAAUCCCAAGGCCUUCGUCCUCACCAUGUGCCACCAUCAGAAGAUCAAGCACUUCCAGAUCCUGCCGUGUGAGGAAGACGGUCAAGUGUUCUUCAGCCUGGACGACGGCGCGACCAAGUUCACUGACCUGAUCCACCUGGUGGAGUUUUACCAGCUGAACAGAGGAGUUCUGCCCUGUAAGCUCAAACACCCGUGCACCGCGGUGGCCUUGUGACACUCCACCAUCACACACAUCCACCCCUGUCACGCACCUCACACCCCGAGGUCCCUCACCCCUCGUUCGCCCCUCCCUCACCACUACAACGAGACUGAGGAGAUAGAAAAACUGAGUCCAGAUUUUGGGGAUAUGGAAAAGCCUGGACGUUGUUGACAUAUUGAGGUCGGCUGUCUCCAGCGUGCUGAGGUUUUCGCCGCCGAGUGGCUUUAUUGGAUGUUGGGACUCUCUCUGACAGUCCAAAUGUUUCCACAGUGUCCCAACUCCUGUGUUCUUCAGUUUUGCUUCCUGUUCGACUCGAUUCCUUUUUAUGAAAAAUUGCACAUAGUCAGCAGGAGUUCUGGGAGGGUAAGUCCCUCCCUUGGAACCCUUCCGUCCUCAGCCUUCACCCUUCCCCUCCUCCAGGCCUGAUAAGCUGUGGUGCCCGCCCCACCUUUGCCCCCCCUUGCCAUGGUGGUGGCUCAGGUGGGCGGGGCGCGCCACCCUCUGACUUUCUCAUCGAUUAUCAGGGAUGGACGGGAUACUCUCUGGGUCUUAUCACACCCGAUCCAGGAGAUUUCUCAACCUGUGCAGUCCAGUCUGGAUAAGCUGGCACCCCUCUGAGCAGACUUGAUGUGGCCUCAGUGAUCUCUGGUGCACCCCUGUCCCACCGUCGUCCCGCCUGUCCUCCUCCACUGGAGCGCAGAGAAAAGUCGGAGGGAAAAGACAAGUAGCUAAAUGGUGAGAUAAGCAAAGCGGCCGUGAGGGUUUGCUGAAAGGACAGAGGAAUGUUGAUGAGGAAGGCUGGAACGAGCCUCUCGUUAGAGUUGAUUACUUGAUGUCAUUUUAAUGCUGUUUUUUACUGUUGAUUCAAUGCAGAACUUGUGUUGCACUCCCGGGCGGACAGACUACAGCUGGUCUAUCCAGACAAAGGAAGCCGCCUGCUCUCUGUCAUCCUCUUCUUCCUCCUGCUACCCCCCACCCACCCAAAAAAGACAAACAUCUAAGGAGCAAGCGUAAAAAAUGUUCUCCAGUUCUGAUUGGAUGAAAGUCAUGUGGUAGCAGGAGCGUCUGGUGGCUCACGGCUGGUGAUACAGUGCCUUUCAAAAAGGUUUGGGAACAUCCAGCACCGCGUGCACAACUGACUGAAGUCAGAUUGAUGGAGACCAGAUAGCGUUCGUUCCAGUGCAGACUAAACAACGGUUGGUAAUAUAUUAGUGCCCACCUAACGGCUGUUGCAUCCACUGGCAAAUGGACAAUAUAAAAAAAAGGGAAGAUCAGGGAACUCUGAUACAGAAAGUGGAAAUCUGGAGCAUGUUCCCAACUCAAAAGGUCUGACAGGAAUCAUACAGGUAAAUAAAAUCCUGUCUGAAUCGCUGUAUCCCAUAGGAAAAUGAAAUCCUGUAGGAAUCACUGUAUCUCAUAGGAAAAUGAAAUCCUGUAGGAAUCACCGUAUCCCCUAGGAAAAUGAAAUCAUGUCAGAAUCACUGUAUCCCCAAGGAAAAUGAAAUCCUGU